AUGGAUCGUAAUGAGAAAAUCAUAAGAUCAACAGACUAUGAUGCCUUAUCUUGUCGAAUUUCAGCUUGCAAAAAACACUAUCUAGAUGACAAGUAUCUACAAAAUGUGAUUCAUGGGUUAGAAAAAUUCCUAAGGUUUGAAAACAAAAUAUCAUCAAGAAGAGUAUUCAAUGGAAUUGUUAAUAGUGUGAAGCUACCCAUAAUCAACCGUGGUACUUAUAUCAGAACAAAAUCAAUUGACUAUGUGAUAGAGGAGUUCCUACGUGAAUUUGAUGGACAACAAGUCCAAAUUGUAAACCUUGGUGCUGGUUCAGAUACAAGGGCUUUCCAAAUAUUGGCUUCAAGGGAAAAUAUCAAUUGGGUUGAAUUUGACUUUAAAGAUUCUACAAAAUUGAAAAAGGCAAUCAUCACAACUGAUCAAGUCUUGGCUAAUGCCGUUGGUGUUGAUUUUGUCCCAGUUGAUGAUUUUGAAAUAUUUUAUACUGAACUUGAUGAUACUUUAAUUUCAGAGAAAUACAAACUAAUAUCCAUAGAUCUUCGUGAUAUAGAGACCUUGAAAACAAUAAUCUCCACUGAACUAGACUUAAAUGCACCAACUUUAAUCAUUUCAGAAUGCAUGCUUUGCUAUACAGAAUCAUCGGUAUCCACCAACAUUAUUCAAUCAAUCAGAUCUCAUUUCACUAAAGGGGUGUUUGCAAUUUAUGAUCCAAUAGGUGGUGAGGACAAUUUUGGAAGUGUUAUGAUUGAUAAUUUGAAAAUUAGAAAUAUUUCCAUGCCUUCUCUACUAGAAUUCAAUACUUUAGAAAAAUAUUCACAAAGGUUGCAGGAAUUGGGCAUAAAGGAUUGA